AUGAACCCCUCAAUAAAUUCCACACACCUUCCAUCACUCCCACACCAAGGACCACUCUUCCAUUCAGCUACUCACACCUCACUCACUGAUUCACAAAAGAUGGUGAUGAUGAAGAAACACCCUCUCUUCUCUCUCUCACUUCUCCUAAUGGUUCUAUGCUACACCACCACCAUUUCAGCUCAAACCCCAGCACCAUCACCAACCUCAGCCCCCACAGACAUCAUCAGAAUCCUCAAAAAGGCAGGAGGCUUCACCACGCUCAUCCGCCUUCUCACCACGACACAGGUCUCAACCCAGAUCAACGCCCAACUCCUCAACUCAAACAACGGCUUAACAUUGUUUGCACCUAACGACAAUGCCUUCCAAAGCCUAAAGCCUGGCUUCCUCAACUCCCUCAACGACCAGCAGAAGAACGAGCUCAUCCAAUUCCACGUGCUGCCCACGUUUGUUUCCAUCUCAAACUUCGAUACUCUGAGCAACCCCGUGAGAACACAGGCUGGUGAUGACCCUGAUAGGUUGGCAUUGAACAUCACAAGUUCGGGGAACCAAGUGAACUUGACAACGGGUGUUGUUAACACCACAGUUGGUGGCAGUGUGUACUCUGAUCACCAGCUUGCGAUUUAUCAAGUGGACAAGGUACUUCUUCCGAGGGACUUCUUUGUUCCUAAGCCUCCACCACCUGCUCCUGCCCCUGGAAAGGCCAAGGCUUCUUCUGCAAAGAAAUCUACGGAUGGUCCUGCUUCUGCCGCGGAUAAUGACUCUGCUGCCAUCAGUUUGAAACUCAAGAACGGAAUGUGGGUGCCCCUUGCAUUUGCAGCAGCACUGUUAUCAUUGUGA